AUGAGCCACAACGACCACCUCACGUUCGAAGAAUUCAACCGGCGCUCCGCUACACCCCACAGCCACACCACGCCCGCUGCCGUCGCCCUCGCCCUCGUCGCAGGCAUAGCAACGCUCGUCAAGUUUCUCGAUUUCCUCGGCUACCCGCUCGCCUCCUGGAUACGCCACUUCGCCCACACAAUGGCCCUUGACUUGGUGCGCGCCGUGUCGCCCGCCCCCUCGCUGGACUCAGAGGCCAGCGACGACUCCGCGCAGAGCGGAGGCAUGAUGGGGAACCUGUUCGGCAUGGGCGCCAGUGCGCUGUCCAAGGGCGUGCGAGGCGUUGCAAACGCUCUCUCCAGACCGCCCAGCCAUGUCCCCCCGGGUCUGGGCAACUUCGACAACUCGUGCUACCAGAAUAGCGUCAUCCAGGGCCUUGCCUCGCUGCCCUCGCUCCGCGACUACCUAACCACGACCACAACCGAGCACCCGUCGCUCACCGCCGAAUCCACAAACCGCGCCCUCCUCGACAUGAUCAGCCAGCUCAACGACCCGGACAAGCGCGGUCAGCACUUCUGGGUGCGCGGCAAGCUGAAGUCCAUGAGCACCUUCACCCAACAAGACGCCCAGGAGUACUACUCACGGAUACUGGACGAGCUGGACAAAGAGGUCAAGAAGGCUUCGAGCAGUACGACGCGCACUUCUGUCUCCUGGGUAGAGGCAACCAAAAGCUUGAGCUUGGCCUUAGCAGAUUCAGGUCACGACGGAAAGGAGCGCGACGAGGAGGAAGCAGAAGAGAAGAGCAAGCCACUGGCAAAGCAGGCAAAGCAGGCAAAGCAGGCAAAGCAGGCAAAGCAGGCAAAGCAGGCAAAGCAGGCAAAGCUCACGCCGAACCCGUUAGACGGUCUGCUGGCACAGCGCGUGGGGUGUACGACCUGUGGCUACUCCGAGGGCCUCUCUCUUAUUCCCUUCAACUGCGUCACAGUCUCCCUUGGCCGCAAUCGAUUCCGCUACGAUAUUCGUGAGUGCCUCGACGAAUACACGGAUCUCGAGUACAUCGAUGGCGUCGAAUGCGCAAAGUGCACGCUGCUCAAGCUGAAGAGCACACUCACACCACUGGCUCAGGCCAAACCAGACUCACCAUUCGCUACAAAAUUGCAGGCAGUGCAGGAAGCCCUCGACGACGAGGAUCUGGACGACAAGACGCUCAUCAAGACGUUCAACAUACCGAAGAAGAACUGGGUCAAGAGCGAAAAAUCGAAGCAGGCUGUCAUCGCCAGAGCGCCAAGGUCGCUCGUCCUUCACGUUAAUCGGAGCAUCUUCGACGAAACCACUUUCGCACAGUACAAGAACAACGCUGGAGUUUCGUAUCCGUCGCUACUGGACCUUGGAAAAUGGUGUCUGGGCACACAGCCUAGCGGUUCACAGCAACCCGACCUAGAUCUUGAAGAAUGGCCGAGGGAUCCUAGGAAGUCGAUGCUUGCAGGCGGCGAUGCGACCGCUACUUCACCUUUCCAGUACAAGCUGCGGGCUGCCGUCACCCACUUUGGCACUCACGGCAACGGUCACUACGUUUGCUACCGACCGCACCCAAGGCCAGUGCGCAAAGCAAGUGUUGAAGACAAGGAUCAAAUGGAUAGGGAAGAGGACGAGCAGGAAGAGCAGGAAGGGCAGGAUAAAGAGCAAGAAGAGAAAGAAGAAAUCGAAGAAGAAGAAGAAGAAGAAGAAGAAGAAGAAGAAGCAACGUUGAGCGAGGAGCAGUGGUGGCGCUUCAGCGACGAUACCGUCUAUGCUGUGUCAGAACAAGAAGCACACCAAGGCAGCGUCUUCAUGCUCUUCUACGAGCGCAUCGACAAGUCGACACCAUCGAGUGCGGAGCCAGACGUUGCUGCAGAACCACUCGCCAUCUCCGAAGACGCGCCACUACCCCCAAUCAACGUCUUAUCGGCAGAAACCGAAGACAAGGCUGCUCUCAAAGUCCCUCUACCCGACGACACCUCCGACUCCGUCUCAGACUUCAUCCCCCCAGAAGCCCCCGCAGCCCAGUCCGCACCACCCACGCUCACACCCUCCGAGUCCAGCACCGACGAAACCGAAGUCAGCGAAACAGACGCAGAUUCCGAAGCCGAAACAAUAGCAACGCCACCCACGCCCACCCUACCCAAGCUCUCCCCUCACACCAUGCGCACAGCCGGCAACGCACCGGCGCGCGGCCAGGGCAGCAGAGCGAGUCUCCCCCUCGUGAGCGCGACGUAG